AUGGUGUGUCCUCAGCUGCUGCACGACCAGGUGGGCGUGGUGGACUAUGCUCCGUACAAGGCCCUCUUCAUGCAGACUCUGUCCAGAGGUCGUUCCUGCUUCCUGGGUCUGCCCUGUCUGCCCUCUCUGUCCUGUCUGUCCUCUCUGCCCUGUCUGCCCCCUCUGCCCUCUCUGCGAGGUCACCCCCAGAGGAACUGGAAGGCGGACAUGUCUGGCAUGGCUCACUGGAUAGUGUCGGAUUAA